AUGAAUCGUAUAACUACGAACGUGGACCAAAAGCUAUUGCGUACCACCAAAUUCCCACCUGAGUUCAGCCAGAAAGUCGACACAACAAAGAUCAACAUUCCUGUUAUCAAGAACUGGGCUGCUGGUGAGGUUUCGAAAAUUCUUGGCUACGAAGAUGAUGUCGUGAUCAAUCUUCUCUUUGAUCUUCUAGAGGGCUCCAAAAACCCCGACAUCAAAUCGUUGCAGAUUCAAUUGACAGGCUUCCUUGAGAAAGAUGCGGCGCUGUUUUGUAAGGAGCUCUGGGGCCUUUGCUUGAGCGCACAGAAGAGCGAUACAGGAAUCCCGCAGCAGCUUGUCGAGGCAAAGAAAUUAGAACUCAUACAAGAAAAGGUCGAGCAAGAGAGGGCUAUUGAAGCAGCUAGACAACGCAGAGAGGACGAGAGAAUUCGCGAGAGAGAUCUCGAGAAUGUCCGCAACCGGGACCGUGAUCGCAGAGAUCGAGGAGGACGAGGACGUGGCCGUGGCGGAGGCGGAGGCCGCGAUCUCGAACGUCGCCCUCAAAGAGACUACUCCAGAUCGCAAUCACCGCCAUCAAGGCAACCAUAUGGAUCUAGUGAUUUCCGUCGCAACAGACCUUCUGCCAGAGAGACGGACUCGUACGUGCCAGCCGGGGAAGCCAGUGGCCGACGAGGUGUGAGACGCCAACGAUCACCCUCCAUCUCCCGCCGUGAUCCCGGCUCAGUGUCUCCUCGACGUACAUCCCCAACCAGAGCCCGGAGGAGCGCACGACGUAAUACCUCGAGCGAGCGCAGUCGUAGUCGCUCUGCAGAAGAUCGUUAUGCCAAGCGACCACAUGACGGGCAACGAGCAGAGCGCCGACGCCGGGACUCAUCGCCUUACUCACGAAGACGUUCACCACCUCCGAAGCGUAGAAGAGACUCUUCUUCUUCUCCUAAACCAAGACGCUAUCGAUCACGCACACCCUCAAGGUCUCGCCCGAGCCGCAAAGAUCGCGACGACAAGAGCGUAUCUCCUCCACGCCGUCGACGUUCCCCUUCAUUCUCCGAAGAUAACCAGAACAAACGUGCUAAUUCUGUCAAGGAUCGUCACACCGGUAACACACGCAGCUCUAAGCGCAGCCGCAGUAGACAACGUUCUCGGAGUCGCUCUCGCGAAACUCGCAGACGAUCAACAUCUUUGACCAAGUCACACGACAACAGACGACACCUUCCUGAUGUCUCCGAAGAGAGGACCAUGAAGAAGUUCGACAAGCAAGCAGAGAGCACUGCUGGAGCAGCAGAGGAGGUGGGUGCUGAUUCUUAA